GAAAUGCAUGUUUGUGUUCCUGUGUCGGAUCAAAGCAUAUAAGAGAGUGGUUGUCCGCUUUGUGAGACACCUUUCCGAUCAAACUAUAUAAAUAAUUCCCCAGUAACAUUGGUUCUAGAGAUAUACAACACUCGUUGCAAAUAACUACUUACAUCUGGUCACAUAUAUAACAGUUCAAUACUUCAAUACUCAACUAUAACAUCCUAUUCUUAAACAUCCAAUCACUUCAACACUUCGAUCUCAGCCAAGAUGUCUUACAGAAUCUCUGCCCCCGAUGAGUACCUUGCCAUCACUGGCAUGGGCAUCAAGACCGUCAAGAUCACAAAAGCCACAUGGGUCUGGCCUCUCCAACGAUGCACACGCUUCAGCAUCCGCCCUCACGACUAUGCCAUGGACCUUCAGGCCAUGACAAAGGAGAAGUUGCAGUUCUCUCUCCCCGUCGUCUUCACAGUGGGUCCCGAUGUCAACCAGCGCGGGGCCAACCGCUCUGAUGCCGACAGUGAAGCCGACGGCCUUGAUCGCGAGGACCGAGGGGACGCUUUGAUGAAGUAUGCUAUGCUCUUGGCCAACUCUGAGGAGAAGGAGAAUGUCACCCAGGGCCAGCAUGUUGCCAACAUCGUCAAGGGUAUCAUCGAGGGUGAAACUCGAGUCCUUGUGUCUAGCAUGACUAUGGAGGAGAUCUUCACUGAGCGAGAGGUCUUCAAGAAGAGAAUCUUCCGAAACAUCCAGAACGAGCUGUCGCAGUUUGGUCUGCUCAUCUUCAACGCUAAUGUCAAAGAGUUGAAGGAUGCCCCUAACUCAGUCUACUUCGCCUCCCUCUCACGCAAAGCCCACGAAGGCGCAACCAACCAAGCCAGAAUCGACGUCGCAGAGGCCCAACUCCGCGGUAACGUCGGCGAGGCCCAGCGCAAGGGUGAGCAAGAGCGCGAGAUCGCAAAGAUCAACGCCGAGACCGCCGUGCAGAAGACAGUCCGCGACAUCGAGCGCGCCCAAGCAGAAGCACAGCUCGAUACCAAACGCACAGGCCUCACCCGCGACGUCGACAUCGCCCGCGUCACAGCCCAGCGCACCCUCGAGUCCAAGGAUGAGGAUCUCAAGAAGGAGGUUGAGAUCAAGCGUGCUGCUGCAGAGAUGGAGCGUCUUCGUGCGACAGACGUUGUUAAAGCUACGAUUGCGAGGGAGAGUAAGCAACAGGCUGCUGACGCUGCUGCGUAUGAAGUUGAGGCGGAUGCUCGCGCUCAUCAGGAGGCUAGUCAGCGCAAGGCCGAUGCUGCAGCUUACCAGACCAAGCUCUUCGCGGAUGCUGAUGCAGCUGCUACAUACGCCAAGAUUACAAGGAACACAGAUGCCGGAGCCUACCAGACCCGCAACGAAGCCGAAGCCUACAACUAUGCCGCCCAGCAGCGCGCCGAAGCCGAGCUCGUCAGCAAGCUCCGCGAGGCAGAGGGUAUCUCCGCCAUGGCCGACGCCUACGGCAAGCUCUCCCAAGCCUUCGGCGGUCCCGCUGGACUACUGCAGUACAUGAUGAUCGAGAAGGGCACAUACGUCGAACUUGCCAAGGCCAACGCCGCAGCCAUCCGCGGUCUCGAGCCCAAGAUCAGCGUGUGGAACACCGGAAGCCAGGGUGGUGGCCAGAGCGGCGAUGCUACUGAGACGAUGCGAAAUGUGUACCAGAUGCUGCCGCCGCUGAUGAGCACUAUUAACGAGCAGACUGGGAUUACUCUGCCGGAGUGGCAGUUUGGGAAGUUGAAUGCUGGUGUCAACGCUGUUAACCAGGAGGGCGUCAAGACUAAUGGUCACAAGAGCCAUUAAGCAUUGAUGAUUAUCUGGUGAAUGUACAGUAUGAUGGACGAUCUUUGAUAUGCUUUUGAUAUCCGGCUUUGCCACAAUUCUCUUCUCCUUUGUUUAUAGACUUGUUUGAUACCACUUUUUUAGCUUAAAUUGAACACUUUAAUUAA